AUGGCUGUCUGCUUCCUGAUCGCUUUGCUCGCUUCGGCGCCUCUGGCCGUGAGCGCUGCCGUCCACGCCGCCGUAAUCUUCACUCGCACCGGAGAGCGCACACCCUUGCUUGGGUCCGCCGAGCUCACGCCUCUGGGAGCUAGACAAGCGCACAGCCAAGGAACCGUCUUCCGUCAGCGCUACAUCGCGCCGCAAGCCAACAGCGUCGACCUUCGUGGGCCAGAAGCCAUCAGUAACAUCUCCGAGUACGGGUUGAUGAACGAUCAGUUAUACGUGCUUGCCACCGACGAUGCCUACACGGCCGCAACUGCCCAGGCUUUCCUGCAGGGCCUGUAUCCGCCUUACACGCUGAACGAUACGGCUGCGCCUGCGCUUGCGGCAACCGCUGUUCUGGCAAACGGGACUUAUCUAGAGGCGCCUUUAAAUGGUUACCAAUACCCGCGUAUCAGGACAGUGUCAUCCCUUGACCCGACCAGCGUCUACCUUGCCGGCCAGGAGACAUGCCUCAAUUACGCGGUUGACCGUACCAGCUACUUCGACACGGCUGAGUUCAACGAAACGCAGGCGAGGACGAGCUCGUUCUACCAAGAAGUGGGAGCUGCAACUUUGGGCGGCGUGCUGCCAGCAGCGUCAUACAGCUACGUCAACGCGUACACCAUCUAUGACUAUCUCAACUACCAAUACGUGCAUGACGUGAGCACCCGGGCCAUACUGUCCAACAACAUCACACUGCGCGGCGCAUUUGACGAGCUUCGAUUCCUGGCGGAUCAGCAACAAUGGGCGUUCAACAGCAUGCCCAGCUCGGCGCAAUGGAUUCGAGCGAUAGCGGGGAAGAUGCUGGCCAGGAAGAUGGUCGGCCAGCUCGCCGUCAACAUUGCGACCGAGGGCGCGAAUGCGAAAUUGUCGCUGCUGUUCGGCGAGUUCCAGCCGAUGCUCUCGUUCUUUUCUCUGGCGCUGCAGCAAACAAGCGACUACGGGAUCCCCGACUUCGCCAGCAGCAUAGCCCUCGAGCUCUUCAGCUACGGUAACUCGGCGGCGAGCUACCCAGCACCGUCGGAUCUUUGGGUGCGCUUCUAUUUCCGCAACGGCACGUCCAACUCGUCGGAGCUGAUUGCGUAUCCCAUGUUUGGCCACGGGCCGUCGGAGACAGCAAUGCGCUGGUCGGACUUCGAGACAAGCAUGCGCAACAUCAUGCUCGACGACGUGGGUGAAUGGUGCGCAGCGUGCGGCGCAGCAGCCAUCUUCUGCCCCGCUCUGGUCGGGAGCACGGCGGGCGUGGCGUCUGGCAGCAGAGGCUCGAGCAUGCCGCCAGCAGUGGCGGGCGUCGUCGGCGCAGGCGCCACACUGGGGGUCGGGCUUCUCGCGGUGGCAGCGCUCAUGCUGCUGGGCGGUUUGCGCUUGCACCGCGCCAACCCGGUGAUGGGCGCCGGAAGGCGGCGGAAAUCAUCGCUCGGUGGGUUCAAAGGCAACGCAAAAUUGGCCAGCGACGCAGACGUCAGCUUUGCCCGCAAGGGCGCUCCCUUGGGCGUGUCGGUCACAGAGCAGGAGCAGCCUCAGUCGGGCCUGGCUCGGGAGAGGGUCGGCAGCUGGGAGCUGGGCGAUGCAAAGAAAACCCAUCUGAGCGGCAGCACCUUCGACGCGGCGGGCGACCUCAAGGGCGACGAGAGCAGGCGCUCGAGCUUGGACAUCCACGAGGCGCGGCCGCAUUCGAGGCUGUGA